AUGGUGAUGAAUAAAACUGUGACUGACUUCAUUCUGUUUGGGUUAACUCAGGACACUGAAAAGCAGAAAGUAGUUUUUGGAAUCUUCUUGAUUCUUUACCUUUUGACUCUACUGUGGAACACUCUCGUUAUGGUGACUAUUAAGACAAGUGCAACCCUUGGGGGUCCCAUGUACUUCUUCCUGUUCUACCUGUCCUUUGCUGAUGCCUGCUUUUCUACAACUACGGCCCCCAGACUGAUUGUGGAUGCUCUGACUCAGAAGAAGUCUAUUUCCUACAAUGAGUGCAUGACCCAGCUCUUUACCUUCCAUUUAUUUGGGUGCAUGGAGGUCUUUGUUCUCAUCCUCAUGGCUUUUGAUCGUUAUGUGGCCAUUUGUAAGCCCCUGCGAUACACAACCAUCAUGAGCCAGCGUGUCUGUAACAUGUUGGCAAUUCUGGCCUGGGUGGGAGCUGGUAUCCAUUCUACAGCACAGAUAUUCCUGGCCUUGCAAUUGCCCUUCUGUGGUCCCAAUGUGAUUGAUCACUAUUUAUGUGACUUACAGCCCUUGAUGCAACUUGCCUGCAUGGACACUUAUGUGAUUAAUUUGCUAAUUGUAUCUAACAGUGGAGCCCUAAGCAUAAUGAGUUUCAUAGCCUUGCUCAUUUCCUAUGGUGUCAUUUUGUACUCCCUGAGAAACCACAGUGCAGAAGGAAGGCGAAAAGCUCUGUCCACCUGCACCACCCAUUUAAUUGUGGUUGUCAUAUUUUUUGGUCCAUGCAUAUUCAUAUACACACGCCCACCAACCUCAUUUUCAGUGGACAAGAUGGUGGCUGUGUUUUAUACAAUUGGGACACCCUUGCUUAACCCUCUGAUCUACACACUGAGGAAUGAAGGAGUGAAAAAUGCCAUGAAAAAGUUAUGGUGUAGCAAAUUAUGA